GUAGAGGGCGUAUUUAGUACUUAAUUGUCUGGAGAAAAAUAAACAUAAUUUAAAUAAUUGUUCAGUUGUUUAUGUUUUAAUUCUUUUGAUCGUUUACGGCUAUUAAAAGAUCUUUAUAUUAAUUGCUUAUCUCUAGAUUAAGCAGGCAGUGAGUGAAAAUGUCAGAACCCCAUAAAAUUAUCACAGAUGUGUUCGCACCCUUUCAGAAUCAUAUUACAGCUGAACAAGACAUCCGGGAAGUUAUCAGAAAUAUUAUGAAAGAUGUAGAGAAGAGCCUCAGGGAAAUUGUGAUUGUUUUACAAGUUAUUCACAGCGAAAAUAAUUGUGAAUAUAUUCACCAAGCAAUAUUAAAAGCCAGAGAACUUUUUAAGGAUGUUCAAACUGGAUUUGACGCUUUGGAUAAAGUCGUGCCUCCUGGGCAAUAUUACCGAUUUAAUGAUCACUGGAGGUACUCUACACAGAGGCUGUGUUUUUUAGCAGCCCUUAUAGUAUUUUUAGAAAAGGGCAUUUUAAUUGAUCAGCUUACUGCUGCACAGAUUUUGGGAGUUCAUGGAAAACAAAACAUUCAGCUAGACCUAGAUGACUACUUAAUGGGAUUGUUAAACCUUGCUACCGAACUGUCUAGAUUUGCAGUAAACGCUGUUACUUUAGGCGACUAUCAGCGUCCUCUACAAAUUUCUAAAUUCGUUGCUGAAUUAAACGCAGGAUUUCGCUUGUUGAAUCUUAAAAACGACUCAUUGAGAAAACGUUUUGACGUAUUGAAGUACGAUGUUAAAAAAAUUGAGGAGGUGGUUUAUGACUUGACCAUCAGAGGUUUGACUACUUCCGGCACCCAAGAGGGUAAUGGAGAAUCUCCGAAAGUGGAAUAGAGAUUUUUUUUAGUAAACCUGCGAUUGAUUUUUAUUUUAUUUUUAUAUACAAAAGAAACAGCUUGAAAAAUCUGUUACUAAAGGUGAUAUUUGUUUAUUUUUAAGUUCAAGUUCAGUACAAAAUGUUUACAACCUUUGAAUAAAGUUUUCCCUUUUUAUGA